AUGGAUAUCAUGGUCUCUGAAAUGUGCCAAGUCACAUUUUCCAUCGGUAAGCAUUACGUUUGUGAGGUCUUAUAUGACAUUCUUGAUAUGGAUGUAUGUCAAAUCAUCUUGGGGCGACCUUUGCAGUUUGAUGUAGGGGUCAUCUAUGAUGGGAGGUCAAAUUCUUAUUCCUUUGAUUGGAAAGUAAGACGCCUCAAAUUGCUGCCAUAUCUCACUGAACACAUUGGGCCAUCAAGUGGCAAGCCAACCGUGAUGCAAAUGGUGUUCGGAUCUGCUCUUAUUCACUCUAGCCAUGAGACUUCAACUUUGUUGGUUUUGGUUAUUAGAGAGCAUUCCACAACAAAAUUUCAAAAUGAUGCCCCACUUGAGGUGCAACAACUUCUUUGCCGAUUUGCAGACAUAGGACCUACAACCUUACCAGCAUCUUUACCUCCUCUCAUAGCUCUUCAACAUCAAAUUGAUUUGAUACCGGGAGCUACGAUUCGAAUAUGUGGCACUACCGGUUGA